GGGAGCCACCUAGGGUUUAGCUGAGCCAAGCUAGGUGGUGGUUUCCACUUUCCAUGGAGUCAUCAACCACUGUGAUGGUUCUCAUCUUCCUUUCAACUUCAGUAUUGUUAUCACUGUGCUUCCAUGGCGGUGAGGCAACGGUGGUUAUUGUAUCUAAGGAUGGAGACGGAGACUAUGGAAGUAUAAGUGAAGCCAUAUCCAAAGCUCCCAGGUUCAGUGACACACCCUACACCAUCCAAGUUCGAAGCGGCACUUAUAAAGAAUACGUCGUCGUCCCGUCGCAAAAAAUCAACAUUAAGAUCGUCGGCGAUGGCCCUCAGCAGACCAGAAUAGUCGGUUCCCAUUAUGGCACAACCUUAGCUGUCUAUGGAGAUGGGUUCGUGGCGGAGAAUAUAGGGCUGGUGAACUCAGCCGGGUUAAAAGCAAGCGCCGCCGUCACCGUCCGGAACGAAGCCAACCACAGCAUCUUCUUCCAAUGCUCCAUCGAAGGCUUGCAAGACACACUCUGGGCCGUCUCUGGCCGUCAGUUCUACAAGAACUGCGACAUCUACGGCACCGUCGACUUCAUCUACGGCGACGCCGCUGCCCUCUUUGAGGACUGCAACCUCUACGCUCGUUACCGGCCUUACGUCACCUUCACCGCCCAGUCACGUGAAAGUCCCGACGAGGACACUGCCUUCGCCUUCCAGCACUGCCAGUUCACGAUGGCCCCGGAGGACGCCGCCAUGAAGUCAAAGGUCCGUGCGACGUUGGGAAGGCCGUGGCGGCCGUAUUCUACGGUGGCUGUAAUUGACUCGUUCAUUGACUCAAUGGUGGACCCCGCGGGUUGGGAAGAGAUGCAAGGUCAGCCUACCGAUAAGGUGACGUAUGUGGAGUUUAAUAAUUAUGGGCCUGGGUCCAAUACUUCUGGGAGAGUGAACUGGCCCGGUGUCAGGGUCCUUAGUGGCCCAGAUGAGGCCCAACAUUUCACAGCUUCUAUUCUAUUAGAUGCUGAUUCUUGGAUCCCCCACAAGGGGGUUCCUUAUAAUUCAUAAUGAUUCAAUUAGGGGGUUCUUUGGGCCACUUGGCCCAAUAAUCCGAGUUCGGCCCAAUUAUUAAAACCCCCCGGUGAGCAAGUUUUCCUUUUAUACCCUAAGCCUUAAAUCUUUGAACUUAAUUUACAUUUGACAGCAGAAUUAUAUGUGGUGUCAUGUUUUA